GAUUUAAGCAUCAUGUUACAAAGGACUUCUAUCUCAGUAAACCAUGGCAAGCAGUAAGAAGAUAAAGAAGAAAUCAGAAGGCCAAGAACCAAUUACGCAGACAGAGAAAGUUAGUAAGAAAUCCAAAGGAAAAAAAGGAGAGGAUCUAGAUUCUGAAGAUCAAAAUCAGGCCACAAAAAAGCUUAAAAAGAAAAAGUCAGAGGCCACACAAGAUAAAGAAGGUGCACAAAAAUCCAAAGAGGCCACUUCUAAAUCCAAAGAAGCCACAUCUAAAUCUAAAGACACAUCUAAAGAAACAUCUAAGGGGAAGAAGAACAUAGGAUUAUCCCGUUUCAAUGCAUCCAAAACUUCCAAACAGAGGCUAGGCUCAGAAGGAGAGUCAGAGGAAGAGGAAGCACCCAAGAAGCCAAAAAAAAAAGGCAGCAGUGAAUCAACCUCUGAAAGCAAGGAGACAAAACAAAAAGGAGAUGAAAAUAAAUCGGAGAAAAAGAAUGCAAAAGCCAAAGACAAGAAAAGAGAGUCUGGCUCCAUGUUUCAAAUUAAUGGGGGAAAAAAGGAAGAGAAGAACAUAAAGAAAGGUCAGGGUAAUGCAGAUAAAGAUUCAGAUUCCAAUUCAAAACCUCUUAAAUCAACAAAGAAAAGGGCGACAUCUAUGUUCCAGACAAAAGGGGAUGUGUCCAAAGAUGUCAAGGGGAAAAAGAAAGGUUUAGCAAAGUCAAAUGAGGAAGAAGAGGAAGAAGAAGAGCUAACAAAAAACACCAAUAAGAAAGGGAAAAGGGGAAAAAAAUCUAAGAAGAAGGAGGAACGACCAGUUUCACCAGUUAUAGAAGUAGACAACCUAGAAGAGUUUGUUCUGCGUCCAGCACCGCAAGGGGUAACUAUUAAGUGCAAGGUAACAAGAGAUAAGAAAGGAAUGGAUAGAGGAUUGUACCCUACAUACUAUGUCCAUCUUGACAAUGACAAAAAGGUGUUCCUAUUGGCUGGAAGGAAGCGAAAAAAAAGCAAAACAUCAAAUUAUUUGAUUUCUAUUGAUGCUACUGACUUGUCACGGGGAGGAGAGAACUUCAUUGGAAAACUAAGAUCAAAUCUAAUGGGAACAAAAUUUACAGUAUUUGAUAAUGGUGCAAGUCCAGACAAAGCCAAUUCUGACUGGUCCAAUGUACGACAGGAACUGGCAGCUAUUGUGUAUGAAACAAAUGUAUUAGGGUUUAAAGGGCCUCGUAAAAUGACAGUACUAAUACCAGGGAUGGAUGAAGAUUGUGAAAGAGUCCCUGUUCGUCCCAGAAAUGAUAAUGAUGGACUCCUGCAGCGAUGGCAGAACAAGAACAUGGAAAAUCUUAUUCAAUUGCACAACAAGAGUCCAGUGUGGAAUGAUGAAACACAGUCCUAUGUGCUCAACUUCCAUGGUCGAGUUACACAUCCAUCUGUCAAAAAUUUCCAGAUUGUCCACGCUGAUGACUUGGAUUACAUCAUCAUGCAGUUUGGACGAGUAGCUGAUGACGCCUUCACCAUGGAUUAUAAAUAUCCUAUGUGUGCAGUCCAAGCUUUUGCCAUUGCUUUAUCCAGUUUUGAUGGGAAGCUUGCAUGUGAAUAAAAAAAUGAAAGAAGUCCUAACAUCUACAAAUUUGUGGAACAGGAGAAAUAUUUAUCGUAAUAAAAUAUUUUUUUUAAAUAAGCUCAGUCAUUAACUGUCAGUAUUUCUAUGCAUCAUUUUUAAAGGGAACCUGUCGCCCUAAGAAAUAAUUCCAAAUGUUGUAUUGUGUUUGUCAAGCAAAAUAAACUUUACUUACACUAUA